AUGGAGUCCAUGAUGAUGGAUGCAGAAAAUGAAGAUCGGCCAAGGAUCAAUCUAGUUCAAGAAGUUGAUCAACCUCAAGAGAAUGAUCUAGGCGCCGUUAGUAGAUCGUAUGAAUGCAUAUUUUGCAAGCGCGGAUUCACCACAGCGCAAGCCUUGGGUGGACACAUGAACAUCCAUAGAAAAGAUAGGGCAAAGACCAAUAAUAAGCCGCCUUAUAAUUAUAACUACUCAAGUACUACACAAGAGGAAGAAGAUAGUUGCUAUGCAGACCCUAGAUCCUACCACCCGGUUUUUGCAAGCUAUCCACCAACCUAUAGCUGUUCUUCUUCUUCAUCUCCGAAUUAUUAUUAUCAUCAUCAAGAGGGGCAGGUUCGUUACACAUCGAAUAAUUCUUGGCCGAUAAACCAUGAAAACAAUCACCAUCAAGGUUUUCAUGAUGGAGUCAUCAAUACAACUACUCCAUCAAGGGAUCAGGAGAAAAGGAUGAGUAGUUUAAGUUUACAAUUUGGUUGGUCACUUGGAGAAGAUAGAGACUCAAAUAAUAGAAGCUUCCGAGAUGAUAAUAAAGAAGAUGAUUUGGAUUUAGAGCUUCGGCUUGGGCACGAUCCAUGA